AUGGCGGCAAACAACAAGCCCACUUCGGUUGCCAAGGACCUCUUCGAGGACAUGGGUCGCCAGGUUGAGGGCAUGAAAGCCUCGACUGAGGAUGGUGACGACCAGAGAGUCGUCGACGAGAUUGAGAGUCUGUGCAUGAACUGCCACGCCGAUGGUAUCACGCGUCUCCUCCUCACCCGCAUUCCCUACUUCCGUGAAAUCGUUCUCUCAUCCUUCUACUGCCCUCACUGCAGUUUCAAGAACACCGAGAUCUCAUCUGCCGGCCAGAUCCAGGAACGCGGCUCGAAAUACGUCUUCAAGGUCGAGAACAGCGAGGACUUCCAGAGAUCAGUCGUCAAGGGCGAUGGCUGCUCAUUCAGAAUCGAGGACAUUGACCUUGAGAUUCCCCACGGAAGAGGUCAGAUGACAAACAUUGAAGGUGUUCUUGCAGGCGUCAAGGAAGACCUUGCCCAACACCAGGAAGCUAGAAUGCAGCAGAUGCCCGAGGCUGGCGCAAAGGUCGCUGAGGUUAUUCAAGCUUUGGGUGAAAUGCUUGACGGCAAGAGAUACCCCUUCACCGUCUCCGCCGAGGAUCCUUCUGGCAACUCGUUCAUUCAGCCUUCGCCUUCUGACGCCCGCCACAAGUACACCCGCACAGAGUUCGACAGAACACCCGAGCAAAACGCUUUCCUUGGUAUCGGCGAGGAGGCCGCUGCCGACGGCCAAGACGCUCCCGUCGAUGGCCAGGAUGCCCCUGCCACUGAAAUCAGACCCGAAUACCGCGCCGCCGACGGUCUUGUUGGCGGUGGUGACAGCGAUGCCCCGAGAACCGUCACCACGAAUAACGUAGACGACGAGGACAUUCGUGAGAACGAAGUCUACUCCUUCCCUGCCAGCUGCCCUGGCUGCACACGCCACUGCACAACCAACAUGAAGAUGGUCAACAUCCCCUUCUUCAAGCAAGUCGUCCUGAUGAGCACUGUUUGCGAUCACUGCGGCUACCGCAGCAAUGAAGUCAAGACUGGUGGUGAAGUCCCCGAGAAGGGCUCAAGAAUCACUCUCAAAGUCAACACCCCCGAGGAUUUGGCCCGUGAUGUCCUGAAGUCUGAGAGCGCCGCCCUUUUCUGCCCUGAGCUGCAAUUGCGUGUCGAGCCUGGAACCCAGGGUGGUCGUUUCACCACUGUCGAAGGUCUUCUCACAAACUUCCGCAAGGACUUGCGUGCUCAAGCUUUCGGUCUCGAGAACGGUGACGACGAGGAGGAAAUCCGCGCUGCAGCCGACUCUAUGCAGAGCGAGACCAAGCGCACAUGGGCCGAGUUCUUCGAGACCCUCGGUGAGGCCAUUGAAGGCAAGCGUCCCUUCACAGUCGUAAUUGAGGAUCCUCUUGCAUCAUCAUAUGUGCAAAGCUACACUGCACCCGCUCCCGACCCGCAAAUCAUCGUCGAGGAGUACGAGCGCACUCAAGAAGAAGAGGAAGAUUUGGGUUUGAAGGAUAUCAACACCGAAGACUAUGGCUACACGCAAACCGAGGAGAAGAAGGAAGAGACUGCUACCGAAUGA